GUCGUUUGAUCUCUGUAAUGAGCGGCUGCCGACUUGCUUUUCUCCAAUUACGGUUUUCUCCGCCGUAUUCGGCUGAUCAUCGAAGACAGAUAGAUUCCCGAGGCACGAAAGUGGUCUAUUCACUUUGUUCCAUACCUUGGCCUCCCGAAACUCGCGAUGUGGACCUGUCUUGCACUUGCUGCCGCGCCCCUUGCGUUGCUGAGUAUUAAAUGUAGGGCACAUCAACCGGCUGCCUACCUCGACGCAUUUCACGGCUUCAUAGAAGGAUUUCUUCACACGGACGGAAUUAUCGCGUCGGGCAAUAGCUCAGUCCUCGCAGAUGAUUGUGUGGGACGAGUGGAUCUGAUUAACACUAUCACAGGUAUUCAAUCAAAUACAGAACACCUCUACGGCCUUUUCAGUAGCGCUGCUCAGUUCAACACGACGCAACUCAUCGGCGUACCCACAGGAACGAGGGUUCAGUCCCUCGCUAUCCAAGGUUCUAUCGUCUCCGCCAGCAUUACUAUGUCUAUGCUCUACCCGACUAUUGCAUACACUCUUCCGGUUCAAAUAGACUUGUGGUUAUCUUUCAAUGGAGGGCUCAAGAUCCAGUUCUACGAUGUCGCCUUCCGUCGGCUACCUGAAGCGUUGGCGUACCUCAUUCCCAAAUUAGCUCCACAGAUGUCAAAAGAACUCGAACAAACUUAUACAGCUUCAAACGUCACGGAUUUAGUCUCUCUCCAGGUCGCGCGCGAUAUCUGUACUGUGUCGACGAAGUAUUGCACUGGCGAUAACCAACAAUACGACUCGUAUGACUCAUGCACGCAGUUUGUUCUGCAUAAUGUUUCAUUUGGACAAAUCUGGCAAGCCGACCAGAAUAACAGGAUGUGCAGAUACAUCCAAAAGAACGUGGUGAUGUUCAGGCCCGAUGAGUACUGUGCCAAUAUUGGCCCCUCUGGCGGCUCUACCUGCAUUGACCGCGACUACGCCAAUGACACCACCGAUUUUCCUUUUGCUUCCGGUCUUGUUGCGACGAAUUCCAGUUAUUCGGGCCAUGACACGAAGGGUCUUUCUGACAAGACAGUUGACGAGCUCACGGAGAUCAGCCUUGGGGUAAUAUAUCCCACUACUGUGGCAUUUUACUCAAUCCCAACGAUCGUGUACUUUUUCCUGUUGUAUGUCUGCGCUAAAUUCGUAGCGGCCGUUCUUGGUCGCUUUUCAAAAGUGUUUCGUAGCCUCUCGCAUGAACAUCAGCGGAACACCGUGACUUACGUAUUAAGCACCUUCUGGACACUCGUAGCUUUCAUCAUUCAGUUGAUUGCGUUCCCAAUGUUAUUGGAGAGGUAUACCGUGUUCAAUGUCUCUCUUCUGCAUGUCGCGACCAUCCUUAUAUCUGGACUGUAUAUUUUCGAACUCACUUAUCGCCCUAUCAUGCGCUGGCCUCUUAUCAUUCAUCACAUCUGCACACUCCUUGCCAUCGUAUUCCUCCAAAUUGUACUUCAAGUGACCUCCCAUCCUGCCAUCGCAGUCGCCGGUCUCAUCUGGUUGUUCCAAGCGACGACUGAGCAAUCGGUCUUCAUCGGACUAUUUAUCUACAGGCUUCAGUACCCUAAAUCGAUCGUCAAGCCGACACUCCAGUUUUCUGCCGUGCAAUCGUUUAUCUGUAAAAUGGCUUUUGCAACGUACCUUAUCGUGUGGUGGGGCAUCAAGUUGGCUCCGGACCAUGCAACCUUCGAUGUCGCGCUGAGCGUUAUACUAGUUAUUCUCAUAUCGCUGUUAAUGUCCACCCAAAUUUAUGGUUCAUACGCAGUCUGGUGUAUUGCAAGGAGCAUGGAUCGGCCUCGCUGCAGCGAAAGCAUCGAGCCUUCUAUCACCACUGAGGUAAAUCACCCCCGAGACAUUGACAAGCAACAAUCAUCGUGUACAAUUGUACCAAAUUAGCAAAUUAUUCUUCCUGGAAUUCUGCAAUGGAUCGCUGUGAAGCAUACACUUAUGUGCCCGCUGUGAUUCAUUGAUUUGGGCUAGUAUACUCGGUCGCGUUUUCGCCGUAGGCAGUAUUUAUUUUCGAGU